AUGGUCCUGGACCAUCAGUUGCCGAAGUUCAGCUCUGUCCUCAACAAUCUUGACCGUCUGAAAUAUGAACGUCGCAAAACCCUUGUCGCCGCCAAUCGAAUGAAAGAUCAACGAUUCGAGGAGUUUCUUGAUGGCCUUCGUGCAAAGUAUCCCGAUUGGACCAUCGAAGUUCAUUGGAACCAACGGAUCCAUAUGAUCAUGUUCCAGUCCGAAUGGCAGCGCAAAAUGAGCAUCAAGGACCAGAUCAAACACGAGGCCCUCAAUGGCAUCGUCUCUGACGCUUGCCAUGAUUAUUGGUCUAAUGGCAAGGACCUUCUAUUCAUAAGCUCGACCUAUGAGCCCAAGUUUAUGAAGUGCUGGGUGCCCAUUCUCAUGACUUACUCCAAUGGUGCAACGGCGGAGCAUUAUCGAAUCCAUUUUCUCAAGUUGAUGCGUGGUAUACUUCGCAGCGCCAUCCAGAGCAAUCGACCAUUCACUGAUUCAAUGGUUGCCAAUGUUGUUGAUCACUGUGAAGCGCAAUCGAAAGGCUUCAAAGAGGCCUUUAUGGACCUUCGCACUCUUCACGCCGCAGACGGUCGCACUCCGGCACAACUCCUCCAAGCUGCCACCAGCCUUCUCAAAGGGUGGGUGGUAGCACCGGACAGAAAAUCGGAAUUCAAGAAGCUGACAUAUAGCUUACUCAAGGCUGACACCAUGGACAGCCUGAACAUUACCGUCGCAGAGCUCAAACGCGACUUUCCGCAUGCCAAAGCUUGGGUGGAAUGGUGGAUGCGGCCUGCCCACGCAGUGAUGUUGUUCGAGUGUGCGCGCAGUAUGCAUCCAGAGCUCUGGAAAUCACUGCCGGAGACCACAAAUGCGGAGGAGGCAAUGCAUCACCGGAUAUAUCGAAUGGUCGGCCGUCAUUUAUCGCUCAACAAAGGAAUUCCAGGCUUAAUUGCCAUCGUAAAAACGUUCGAACGGCAAUACAAGGCCGGUCUAGCGGGCUAUCGUUUGCGUUAUGGUAAGGAGCGAAUUUGGGUCUCGAAAAAGCUCCGCUUUGGCCGGAGCAAAGGUCCUUUGAAGCCACGGGGUCAAAAAGCGCCUAAAAAAUCGGACGCUAAUCCUCCAAACAAAUGCGCCGCUCGAGUCUGCGAAAAGCCGCCACCGCUACCGUCGUCAGCCCCCAAAUCAAUUCCGUCUCGCGAGCUGUAUCAGCGUGGUGCAAUGUGGAGCAGCAACUCCUGCUGGCUCGAUACCUCCCUUCAGCUAUUGUCCACUGCACUGUCAUAUCAUGCAACACAUAUGACCGUUUUAUUUGCCGACCUCCCUCAAGACAGCGUUCUGGGAAGACUACACAAACUGCUCCAAUUCUACGUGUCCGAAAACACGACAGCCAUUGAGUUCGAUGCCAAUGACUGCCGCAAUAUCACUCGGGAGCGAAACAACUUCCGAACAGAGCUCAUCAACCAGAAACUUGCUGUUGGUGUUGGCAAGCGUGACGCACUCUUUGGAUGGCUCAAUGAAGCCCUUAUGCGACUGCACUCAGAGACUCUGAGGGGACGCAAAACGCACAAGAGCGCUGACUACGAAGCACUCUCAUAUUAUUGUGCCUACGCGUCGGUCUUUCGGCAUUGCUUAGGCUCCGAUCUCUGGCCCGAGGAACACUUCGAGAUAACCCAUCCCCGCUGGCGCCACAAUUUUGUUGUCAAUUCUGGGUAUCAUGCUGCACUCAAAGGUGACAUUCAACUGUGGUUUGAGUGUCAAAUCAACACAAACUAUACUGAAAGCGUGGCCUGCUGGCGCCAGCGUGACUCGGAUCGCUUUUGCGACUCGUCUACGGCAUUCCUUCACGACUACAUUCUUUCGCUUCCAAUGGUUUUGAUCAUUGAGUUCAACCACGAAGCAGGCAAGUCUUGGAAGAUACCGCCCGAACUAUUCCCACUUGAGGCGAAAAAAUUCAAGGCACCGAUGGUAGGCGUCCGGUACGAUAUCAUAGGACUUGCCUUCUCCGAUGGCGAUCAUUUUAUUUGCCGGUAUCGCACGCCAAAUGGUCUUAUUUUUGACUACGAUGGGAUGAAGCUAAGUGGGCAUGCUGUCCACCGCCCGAAAGCGAAAACUAUCAGCGGUUGGCUAACCGGCGACACUCAAUCACUCAAGGAGACUCCCGAAGGCUAUUACCUUGUUGGUCUGGUGUAUGUUCUGGUCGGGGCCGAGCAAGCACAGCGUACCUUCGAGAACGAGCGGCGCCGCCAAGCUCCACAUGGCAUUACCUUCAACACUGCUGAAUCACCUCAUCCGCGUUUCCCCUGGGCUGCCAACCAUCCAACGUGGUCCCUUGUUGAUGAGGACUUGCGGGAGCAAUGGACCACCACUGCCCAUCGGCGAGAUACAGCUGAGUAUCAGCAAGGCGUCAGCCGAAGGUCUGGCGGAAGAGAGCACAACCAGAAAGUACUCAAGAUCUCAUUGAACCUUCCGACUCCGAUGAUAUGGCGCCAGACAAGUCUGUUCGAGCAACGAGCAAGCCACUCUCGGGAGCUGUCCGACCUCACUCCAUCGAAUUCAAGUCACGACGAGUCUGUUACAAAAUUACUGCUUGACACCCUCGACACACCGCCCGCUGCAGAAGGCUUGGAUCCAAAUGUUUCGACGGAAACAGGGCCCGAAACACCGUGUCCAUUGAAUUGUUAUGGUUGCGGCACGAUGACAGACGGCGAUAGUGAGCCAGCGGUCCAGUGCGAGGACUGUGGCUUCUGGACUCACGAAGCAUGCCUUUCCCAAUAUCUUGGUUUUGACGCGUACACAGACUGGGGAGAUCCCGAUGUCUCCUUCAAGUGCCGCAAAUGCGCCCCGCGUCCCGAGAAACUUUUUUAUCCGAGAGAAGUCGUUAUGCUUCCUGACCCUCGCAUUCCUGUGCUUGAGUGGAAUUCGGAGACUACCACAUGGUAUCCAGCUCGAGUGAUGCUGGCAAAUGCAUCGCGUCGUAAAUUCUCCUUUCAUUGGCUUCAAUGUAUCCAAUGGCCACUGGACAUGGAUUCGUCACCGCUGCCGGCUUACUAUUCGGAGGCGCAGUGCACCCUGAUGAUGAACGCUCGAGCCAGGUUGGAGCCGCGACAGCUUUGUGUGAUUCGGAUUCCCCAAUUCUACCCUCAGAGCUCAGCCGCGCCUCAUCUUCAAGUUGUUUUCUCCGCUGCUAUCACACCAAUAACCGCUAUUCUGGCAACAUACGAUACAUCUGAGCACCCUGUCAUUCUGUCGUAUCGCGACUGGAACGGCACUGUCGCUCGCUGGCUCAGACAUGCAAACUUGGUUGCCGAUGGAUAUGACAACCUUGACCCACUUCUGGAGGAGCCGCUCAAUGCCCUCGAACAAGCGCUUUCCGAAGACCAACCUGAUUUAGAGGUGGGAGAGGUGUUGGUGCGAGUUCAUAGCAUUGGAAACGCCCUGCUCAGAACACUUGUUGUUCAAUAUGAGCUCAAUGAGCCCUACAAUCUCAACGGCGACACAUUCCUCGAUAUUCAGCAGCCAGCCUACGGCCUACCUCCAGUUUUGUUUGAGCCACCUGACUAUGCCGAGGCGGCUAUGGCCAUGCUUCGCUCGCUCACACCACAUGAACUUUCACACAAAAGCUUGCGUACACACUUCGUGGGUCCCAACGGAUAUCAGCCAAGGAUCUACACCCGUCGACUUCAAUCCGAUAGCUAUCCUGCUCCUCCAAUCCCACUAACCGUCAAUAUCACCCGCGAAGUUCCUGUUUCCGCCGAGCAAAACAUCGAGCAGAGCCCUGAAGUUGCCGCCGAGCGACCAGACUCAGAGUUGCAUGCAAGCAGCUUGAAGCGUGUUCGCACCCCAUCGCCCGUGUCAGAGGACCUUGAAGCACCAGAGGAAUUGUAUGGAUGGGCGGCGUACCUUGCUUUGGGCGGCAGUGUGGUGGAGCACUCAAGACCUGAGGCGGCAGUCGAUGAAAUACUUGAGGCGGCAGUCGACGACACGCGGGCGGCAGCCUGUCACGCUUGGGCGGCUGUACCUGAGGGGCGGCGGCACUGGGGCGGCAGCCAGGCGGCGUGGGCGGCGAUUUAUCCCAUACCGGAACAGCGGACACUACGGAUCCUUGCUCGACGAGAGGCAGCCAAGUUACAGGCACAGUAUGGCCGCUAUGCUCCCUUCAAUGGGCCACCACCACCGCCUGGCAUAAUGUAUCCCGCUCCCUAUCCAACUCCAGGGGGUCCAUCACCACCGCCCGUGGAAGAAGCACCGGUGCCGCUAGCAGCUGUGACUUCUCCGUCCUCUAUUCCUAUCCCAACCUCGCCUAUCUCGGAGCCGAUCAACGCACUCGAGAAGUAA